UGAAUUUUGUCUUCCGAGGUACUUUAGGGAAACCUAAAUAGUAUCCCGUGAAGGUUUUGUAUGAGGCCUGUGAAAGUCCCCUGUAAGUUCUUUCAAUGUACGGAGAAGGUUGGACUACAUUUGACGUUAAUUUCCAAGAAUUGUGAUUGAUUUAGUAGCUUUGAAUUCGGGGACACGUUCUAGUUCAAUGCGUCAGCAAACGUUCUCGAGGAAUUGCGUCUAUUUAUAGACAUGACGUGUCAUGAACAUGAAGGUCCGUGUUUCCGUAGUGCGGGUGUCUGUUUUCAAAUGUGUAGAUGCAGGUGCCGUAAUACAAGUGUUUGGGUACAAGUGCCUAAAUACAAGUGUUGGGGUACAAGUGCCUAAAUACAAGUGUUGGGGAACAAGUCCCUAAAUACAAGUGUUGGGGAACAAGUCCCUAAAUACAAGUGUUGGGGUACAAGUGGAUCUAACGUUAAACGAAGAAGAGGAGGAUUACAUCUUCCCAGAUGGAUUUCUACAUAUUUAUUCUGGCCUUCUGUUUCCUCCUGGUGCUGUGUUUCCUGAUUUCCAGAUGUAUGGAUAACAUAGCAACAUCCACAGCAACAAACAAGGCUACCGUGGAUGUCACAGGGAAGCAGGCUGAGGGACACUCCAAACACGUCGCCGCCACUGGGAUGAGAGCUGAUAACAGUGAUGAUGCCUCCAAAGCAUUGAGAAAUACAGGGAAAUUAAACGUGGUCGGACUAAGGAAAGGAACGGCGGACACCGUCGAAGCCACCGGGUUGGAUCUCCGGAGAAGCCAACGAGACGGAGACCAAGAGAAUAUAUUACUUACAAUUCUAAAGCUUUUGCUGCCUGAUUUCAUCCAGCGGAUCUUCGGCGCACUGAUGGGAAAACGCAAGGGUGACUGACAAGCCUGGGCCAACAUGUCGGAGAGUGCAUCCCUCCCUUGAGCGAAGUGUUGUGAGAGCGCCCCCUCCUGGAGCCCUGUGAAGGAGAGUUUAAACCCUUCCCCACCCCUACAACCCGAAUCCUUAUUUCAAUAAAUCCUCAAAAGAUGCACUAUAAACACACGUAAACGCUACUAAAAUGGAAUAUGCUUCAAGUUAUUUUAUGUUCUCUUAAGUUUCAUAUUUUAGUAUUAUUAUUUGUGCUUUUAAAUUAUUGUGUAAUGUUUUAACGUACUGUUGUUAUUUGAGUGCUGACACAUACCAUUAAUUAAAACUGUAUUAACUCCCUGAGGAAGUAUCACGUGCACAUUCGAGAAUCAUGACAACAUAUUUUGUAUUAAGUGUAAUAGUUGCGAUUGUUUGUGUCAAUGCCUUCAGUAUGUGUGUUUAAUUUGAAAUGAAAUGUGACGUUGCUGCUA